CGCAACAGCAGCUGAAUGAAGUUCAGGGGAUCCGAGGAAUUUUACGGCCCGUCAGAUUCAUAUUAAACUCUUUCCUCGCGUCGCCAAUACAUGGAGUGGAUAAUCGUGACUCGGUGUUUUGGCUGUAUGUCGGCAGACUUUGAAGUGUGUUACGUGGAGUAACAGGUUUAAUAAGGCGCGCUUGUUUAAACAUUUCAGCAUGAUAAAAAUCUAUUACUAACUACGUUUUUUUUCCAGUCAUACGUCACCCAGUUAUCAUCGCAGGAUACCUGUGGAUUGUUGGAGAACAUGCGUCCUUAAUGACUGGGUUGACAGUGCGUGUCAUUAGAUGGGGUCUUGUGAGUUUAAUAUACAGCACAGUCAAUGGGACGCCAGUCAGACUAGAAAACAUUUAGUGCACGUUCAGUCACUGUAAACGCAGCUUUGGAAAUGUCGGCGAUAUCUGCGUCCGAGAAAGUGGAUGGAUUCACUCGGAAAUCGGUGAGGAAGGCUCAGAGGCAGAGGAUCGGUCAGGGCUCGUCUCAGUUUGCGGCGAACAGCAGCAGGCCUGCGGCUCCGGAGAUCUCUGCGCUCCCGCAGCUCAAAGAUGCAUCUUCCACAGAGCAGCAUGAACUAUUCAUGCAGAAACUACAGCAGUGCUGUGUGAUUUUCGACUUCUACGACACGGUAACUGACCUAAAGAGCAAAGAGACCAAACGGGCCACUCUCAGUGAACUUGUGGAUUAUGUGUCCACUAACAGAGGAGUUCUGGUGGAGCCUGUCUACCCUGAGAUCACCGCCAUGGUUAGCACAAAUAUUUUCAGAACACUUCCACCCAGUGAAAACCCUGACUUUGAUCCAGAAGAAGAUGAACCCACUCUAGAAGCCUCCUGGCCACACAUGCAGUUGGUGUAUGAGUUUUUCCUUAGAUUCCUAGAAAAUCCAGACUUCCAGCCAAGUACUGCCAAACGUUAUAUUGACCAGAAGUUUGUGCUGCAGCUCUUGGAACUGUUUGACAGUGAAGAUCCUCGUGAGAGAGAGUUUUUAAAAACGAUUCUGCAUCGCAUCUAUGGGAAGUUUCUGGGAUUGCGUGCCUUUAUUCGGAAACAGAUCAACAACAUUUUUCUGAGAUUCAUCUAUGAAACUGAGCACUUUAAUGGAGUUGCUGAACUCCUUGAGAUUCUGGGCAGUAUCAUCAAUGGCUUUGCUCUGCCGCUGAAGGCUGAACAUAAGCAGUUCCUCAUGAAGAUCCUCAUUCCCCUGCACACUGCCAAAGGACUCGCGCUGUUCCACGCACAGCUGGCCUACUGUGUGGUUCAGUUCUUAGAAAAGGACCCGACCCUCACUGAAGUGGUGGUUCGUGGUCUUCUUAAAUUUUGGCCCAAGACGUGUAGUCAGAAAGAGGUCAUGUUUCUAGGGGAAAUUGAAGAGAUCCUGGAUGUUAUCGAACCCACACAGUUCAAGAAGAUUCAGGAGCCUUUAUUUAAGCAAAUCUCUAAAUGUGUAGCCAGCCCUCAUUUUCAGGUGGCAGAACGAGCACUGUACUACUGGAACAAUGAAUACAUUUUGAGUCUAAUCGAGGAGAAUAAUGCCAAAGUCCUUCCUAUCAUGUUUGGAAACUUGUACCGGAUCUCCAAAGAACACUGGAACCCGACGAUCGUGGCCCUGGUGUACAAUGUAUUGAAAACACUGAUGGAGAUGAAUAGCAAACUCUUUGAUGAACUGACGGCCUCAUACAAAUCUGACAGACAGCGAGAGAAGAAGAAAGAGCAGGAACGUGAGGACCUGUGGAGGAAGCUGGAUGAACUCAGACUUCAGGAGAGAUCAGCCAUCCAGAAUAACAGACAUGAGAUCCAGUUCACCUACAGCAACAACAAUAACAACAACCACCUUCACGGAAAUAAUGAAAACACAGCAGCGGCCGUUACCGACAGAAUUGAGAGCGACACCUGGGCCAAAUAACACUGCCCUCUUUUUUUCUUUACUCAGUAUUUUGCUGGUUUACACAUGUAAACCAAUGUAGAGAGCAGUAAAGGAUAUGGACCUUCAGCAAUAAUCAUUUUUAAAGAAGAUUUUAAUUUUUUUGUUCCAGAAGCCUAUGUAAUACUAAAUCUAAAUGCUAUUUUCUCCUGCUAAAGGAUAAUAUAUUUUCUGUAUGUAAGUCUAUUUUGGAUGUGAAGUGUGGUUAUAGUAAAUUAUACAUUUUUUGUCUAAUCAGAAAUGUAAGAUUUUCACCACUGCAGUGCGAUUACUGCUCUUCGGUGAGUUUUCACAAGUGAAGUUGGGAAAUUUAAACAGAAAUCGAAACGAAUGGAAAUUUCAGAUUACGGUGAAAGUUUUCCCAGCAGAUUUCACAAUGCGUUCAAGUUGGUCACGUGGAUUCACCACGUUGACCAAUAGAAAGCUGCUACUGCCAAAAAAUGAUGGACCUGUUUUUGGAAAUUUCACUAAUAUAACUGCAGUUUUAAUCAGUAUUUUUGUCUUUUUUUCCCCCCCUUAUUGAAAUUAUCCAAAUAUCUUUAAACAAAAUACAUGUACAACAGAAUUAUAUAAUAAUAAUAAUAAUAAUAAUUAUAAUACUUAAGAUAAUACUUUUUUUGUUAUAUUAUAAGAGAAUAUAUCUUAAAUGAAUUUAUUUUAUUCUUAUAUAAUUUAGCUUCUAAAAAACAAGACAAAAAUACUGGGAAAAUGAAAUAUUUUUAGCGGUGAAGGCUAUAUUAAGAGAUGUGAGCAAGCUUUAAAAAUUAAAUGUCUGUUUUAAAAAAAACAAACACUACCAUGAAAUGUAUUUUACCAUAAAUGUGAUCUGAGCUGAAUAUUAAUGUUUGAUGCCUAUAGUUCACAUGAUACAUAAGUUAUACUCAAUGGAAGUGUCAAAAAUUAGCCUUAGAAAUGCAAAAAGUGAAGCACAAAUGUAGUGAACCUGGUCUGAAACUUGUCCAAGUGUGAGAACUUGUUUCAUUUCAUUUUGUUUCUCAUAAUACCAGCCUCGCAUUAUAAAUGCAACUUCUUUAAAUACUAUAUUUUAUUAAAAACUCAUUGCUUUCUGUAUUAUUCUGGUCCACUGACUAUGCAUUUCGCAGGUUGGGAUUAAAACAAAAUAGAUCAUUCUUAGAACUUAACUCAGGGAUAACUAGCACUCCCCACAUAUAACAGAAUGAUGAUGAAGAGUCUUUUGUUGUUGUUUAUUUUCUCAAAAAAAAUAGAAAAAAAAAUGUUAUAUGUUUAAAGAACCAAUAGAUAUUAUAACUGAGAAUCACUGACAUUCCAUUCAACAUUCUGUUGUUUUUCUUCAACCAAAAAUCUCAUCGCUAUGCAGUUAUGUUAGGUUCUCAUGUUCUUUUUUUCUUUUCCUGUGAGAAUGUGUAAAAUAACUUUGUUGUAAUGUGCUAUCCUGCAUUAAAAAUGCCAGGCUGCUUUA